UGUCAGUAUAGUAUCGGAAUGUGGGUCGCAAACGGACGGACUGAUACUGUACACAGGCUGAGAGGAGGAUUGCCUGACAUGGUGUUGUGGUGGGGACCCGCUGUCCUACUCCUGGAGCCACAGAGAUUGUAGUGACUGGCCGUGGGUGUACGCCAUGUCUUCAGCCGUGUGCCUAGAACAGCGCCGCUGUUUGUCCUUGUUGUUUUACCGUGCAGUGCGGGAUCUGAAGCCCGUGUGGAUGCUGGAGGACAUGCGGACCAUGUUGGCCCUGUGUCCCGACGACGAGGACAACUCUCAGAAAACGUACAGUCCGUCGGAGGCGCUGCUUUACGCCAUUGUACACGACCACCAGGCUUAUGCCCAGUAUUUAUUGUCACACUUCCCCGAAGAGGCGCUGGUGGAUCCUGGAGAGCGCUUUUGCAGUUGCCCGACACCAGCCCCGCACCUGUCUCUGGCCGUCCGUUAUGACAGGCACUCCAUCCUUGGUCUCAUCCUGCAAGUUGCUCACCGGCUCCCCAGCGGGCUCCCUGCUGUCAGAGAGGGCUGUGUCCGACAGGGCGAUGGCCGGACCCCCCUGCACUUGGCCUGUGAGCUGGUCCGUCCUGAAGCUGUGCUGCUGUUGCUGGGCAGUGGUGUGUCCCCAGCAGUCCCUGAUGCCCAGGGCUGGACCGCUCUGGACGUCCUGCUGGAGCCGCUCAAAGACUGUGAGAAGGCCAGCAGAGGACGGCGCCACUGUCUGGACACGCUCCUCAUGUUCAUGCCCAAGGUGCACUUUCACCUGCGGGAGGCACUGCGCACAGAGCCCCAUCGCUGGAGUGGGGCCCUGGGCCAUGACGCUGUGGAGUACCUUGCAGGGUUCAGGCCAGCCCCCCUUCUACUCAGUGCCAUGCAGACUGUCCUCCAGCAGCUCAGCCCCACCACCUUCUCCGACAGCCUGCUCCAGCUGCCCAUCCCCUCCUCUCUCAAACCGGCCGGACUGGGCUGUGGUCCACCCCGUUGUAAUGACAGAACCCUGUAGCUGCAGUACAAACCUGGGCAACAAAGUAAUGUAAAAGGACUUUAAGCCAGUUAUUGAAAAAAAAAAAAAAAACUGUGUAAAUCUCAAGGACAAUGAAUGUAACAUAAAUGUUGUCAUAUCAUAGAAGUAUUUUUUUCAUUAACACAGCUGUUAUAAGCUGUAGAUUAACUGUUCAUUUUCUUUCUAUGUUACACAUUGGUCAAAGGUGCUUUAAAACUUGGAAAAUGACAAUGACCAGUCAGGGAGCUGGGUCCUCCACGAUCAGGACCACACGUUUUAAUCAGUGACUAUACCGUACUGACAUACAGAGUCAUAUGGCAUAGACACACGCCAGGCUCGGGUGCAGUCCAAACUAACUGAGGGUGCAUCAGGGUUUCAAGGUGGUGCAAUGCACCCUUUUACACCCCUGUAGACUCAGGCCUGAUACACACACCCUUAUGUUCUGUCUACCACAACACCCUCUUAGAUUUUAUUUCAAAGCUAAACCUUUACAAACCACUAAAAACUAUUUAUACUAAGACAGGAUGCCUUCCAAUUAAAUGCCUUCUAAAUUUUAUUUUAUUUUUUGAACUGAAUGAGUUAUAUGGAGUGAGAGUGGAUUGUGUGAGUACUGUGCAAACCAGAGGGUUUCUUGAAAUACCUGAAAAUGUCUUUUUGAUGCAAGGUCUUCAAGUGAACCAUGACUUGAGAAAUGUUUUUUUUUUAUUUGAAUGAACUGCAUAAAAUGUCUGUAUUCUGUGUAUGCAUACCACUAACAGUAAUUAAACAAUUCUAU